GAGCGAAGCAUAAUAUAAUCCAGUGCCUGUUCAGCAAUAGAAGUGAAAUUGGCUCUUUUGCCAAUCUAAUGGAACAGCGUUCCUUCGAGCAAGUGUCAUCGUCAAUCGUGCUAAACAAAUCAAACAUUCGCCACAAACGUGACAAUUGUCGCAAACAGCAAAUACUGCUUUUGCUAUUAUGUUGUUUAAACGGAUCAUUGAAGGAAAGUCGAUGUUGAACGCUGAUGUUAAGGAUAGGUUACCAGAGAAAUGUUCUAGAAGGAAAUCGGAAUGCGACGGUUGUGGGGAACAUUCCACUAUAUUGGAGGAAAUGAUGAAGAUGGUGCUACUUGGUGUAGUUUUGUGGGCAGGGGUUUCGUUCGGAAGUCAUGUUGCUCCUUACCCACUCAACUUAAUUGUGACCACAGAUAUAAUUCAUCCACCACCUAUGUAUGACUUCCCGUUUCCUAGCGCCCAAAUGCUUAAGAAACUACCUCCUGUUACUACUGAACAUACAAAUAAGUCAAUAACCAUUAGUAAGCUAUCAGUUUCGAUGCUUGAACGUUUGGAGCAAAACUUAAAUUGGGCAGGGAUUAAGCCGCAAUCAGGUUCUGCAGCGCAAGGACUUUCUAUACACGGCUUACCAUCAAAUGAUGCAAUGAAGUAUGAGAAAUCAUCUAUGAUCAUAUCAAAAGCAUCGCAAAAUUUGGUUUGGACUAAAUGUACAAGAUACGGCUUGGCACCCGACGAGUGUGCGAGUUUCAUAAGUACGUUAAAUUUACGUGAAAGUGAAUAUGGACCUGAAUGCGCACAGUUGGAACGAUUUACGUGUCCGAAGAAUAAAAUGUCAUCUAAGUAUCGCAUGUUUGAUGGCUCUUGUAAUAAUCCCGUAAGAUCUUCGUGGGGCCAGGCUCUGACUGGUUACAAGCGUCUCCUGCAUCCAAGAUACGCCGAUGGCAUUGAAGAACCUCGUCGCGCCAUUAGCCAUAAAGAUUUACCUUCAGCUCGGUUAGUAAGCGUAGUAUUAGGAGAUAACAUGGAUGUUCCCGACAGCAAGAAGACAAUAAUUUUGCCUCUGUGGAGUCAAUUUAUUUUCCACGACUUGGUUCAUACUCCUGUCCGCAAAACAAUUCACACCAACCAACCUAUUCGCUGUUGCGAUAACGAUGGUUACAACUUGGCGCCUCGCUACUUGCAUCCUAGCUGCAUGCCAAUCUCAGUGUCCAGCGAUGACCCCAUCUAUGGCAAAAAAUACGUGACUUGUUUGGACUACACGAGAUCCGUUACCACAUACCGCGGUGACUGUACUUUUGGGGCUGCGGAACAGAUGAACCAAGCAACUCAUUUUAUGGAUGGCUCUCAUAUAUACGGCUCAAACAGUCGUGACGCUGCAGCACUACGCGAAAAGACAGGUGGUCUUUUGAAGACAAGCACAGUUGACAAUGAGGAGUUACUGCCUUUAUCAACAAACCCAACAGAAAAAUGCCUCGUCAAUACUGAUUCUGAUACCUGCUUCAAUACUGGGGAUGUUCGUGCAAACAUGCAUCCGGGAUUGACCAGCCUUCACUCAUUAUGGGUCAGAGAACAUAACCGUAUCGCCAAAACAUUGGCUAAUCUGAAUCCCGGUUGGAAUUCUGACAAAUUGUACCACGAGGCCAGAAGGAUUGUUGUGGCUGAACUGCAGCACAUUACAUUCAAGCAUUGGCUACCUGCUUUGACUGGCAAAGUUUUCGAUGAACUUUACGAUAGUUACGAUUCCGGUUAUAAUUCGGACAUUGAUCCGACUAUCACCAACUCGUUCGCGACUGCCGCGUUCCACUUCGUGAACAGUCUGCUCGAUCAGGAUAUCGAGUUGCUGGAUGAGAACAACAAUAUGACGUCACAUCGUCUCGUACACAACUACUUCAACCCACAAUUGCUUGCUCAGAAGAACGGCCUAGAAAAUCUACUCAGAGGAAUGGUCAAUCAGAAGAGUCAAGGAUUGGACCUGAACUAUGAUGACGAUCUCCGUCACAGCUGGCUGGGUGGUUUAGAUGUGAUGGCGGUGGACAUCCAGCGCGGUCGGGACCACGGUCUGCCCGCUUACGCACACUACCGCGCACUCUGCGGGCUGCCGCUACCCACCACUUUUAACGAUCUCAAAGAUGUCAUGCCCGCUGAGACGGUGGAAUCCUUAGCUCGAUUGUAUGAAAACCCGAGUGACGUAGAUCUCGUAGUGGGAAUAAUGGCUGAGAUUCCUCUAGAAGGGUCUCUUCUCGGACCAACUACUACAUGCUUGAUAAGGGAGCAGCUGCGUCGCACGCGCGCCGGCGACCGCUACUUCUACUCGCACGCGGACGAGGCGGGCAGCUUCAGCAAGCGCCAGCUGGCGGAGCUGCGGCGCGCGUCGCUGGGCGCCGUGCUGUGCGACAACACCGCGCUCGCCGCGCUGCAGCGGGACGUGUUCCGCCCGCCCUCCGCCGACAAUCCUGUCGUUUCUUGCGACGGAAUCAGGAAGGUUAAUCUUGAAGCUUGGCAAGAUCCUUCCCAGCAACCGGACAUCUUGACGCGCACCAAUAAAUGGAUCAAAAACAAAGUUGGCAGUAAUUCCACAAAAUAGACUGACAGUCCUUUAUAUAGAUUUAAGAUUAAUAUUUUUGUGUAGCUUUUUCUUGGUCUGCGGUGAUUUGAAUGGAUUUUUUAUGAAGAAAAAAGUAAAUUCAUGUGAAACUCCAAUAGCUCAACGGUGAAUUGGUUGACGAGGGAUGUAUAAGUCGCAAAGUCUAUCCUGAACCCUUGGGCUAUUGUGGUACCCACAUUUAAUUCAAGCUUCACAUUAAAUUGUAAAAAACUAUUAUUGAAAAAAUGCUCUAUUUUCAUAAUUUAGAUGUACUAAGUUAUGAAAAUUGAGAAAAUAUUUUUAGUAUAUUAAUAUGACCAAUUUAAGAACACAUGCGAAGUAACCCAAUUAAAAUAUGUUUUUGAAGUCAAAUUCCAUAAAAAAAAAAACUUUAAUUAACUGUGUUUAUUUAAUAAUUUCUUGUAAUUUUUUUGGUUAAAGUUAUUUUUGUACCGCAGACUUUAAUAUAAACAUCGAGUGAUUCAGUAUUGUGGUUGAAUAGAAUUUAUUUAGUUCCUAAGCGAACCACGUUCAGCUGAUUUUUAAAACCCAUCUUCGUCAACCGUUUAAAGAUACCAAUGAUGAUGAUUAUGAUAAAAUUAUGUAUCUCAUUAAAGGUUAAAGAAAAAGUAUUUUGAGCUUCUGGUGCGUAUGCUAUAAGGCGAUUAGAGAAACCAAGCAAUUCAUCAAAAACAAUCCAGGCAUCAAUGAAAAUGAACCUUUGCGCCUUUUAGUAAAUAGAUGGGUCAAUUAUAAAAUCAAGUCCGUACAAAUCUACGGACGCCAUGUUGUACAGUGGCUGUGAUAACGUGGAAAAGUCCACUUCGAUGGCGGUAUUUAGUCAUUGAGACCCAUAUGUUAAAAGGUCCAACGACUUUAAUGUAAUAUUAACCGUCUUAGGCUACUUGAACCUCUCGCAUUUUGCACUUUCUCGAUUAUAGUUAGUAAAUUCGCUUUUCACAGUUCGAAAUAGUAAAUUAUAAUAAUUAUUAGAGUCGCACUUUGUUAUCUGUUUAUAGAAAUUGAAAUUAUUUAAUUUCUUUAUAAUUGACUUUAAUAUGUAGUUCCGUUACAGAAAGGUAAUUUUUUUAUUAAUGAUAGAAUCAAGUUAAAAUAUGUUCUGAAGUGGACACACAUCUUUAAAUAAAGUAUUUAAAAAUCAUUUAUUGUGUUACGAGAUUUGAUAAAGCGUACAUUUAAUUGUAUUCGUCAAUUAUGAUAUGUACUUUAAAUUUUGGGCACAAAAUUAUUCGAAAAAUCGUUGUCUGUUGCACAAGAUACUAAUAUUUUGAAUAUGUGUACCAUUUUACCAAAGACUGCCUAACAUCUCUUAGCGAUUAUUUUGAUUUAAGUAUUUUUACAAAAGCAAUAUUCUCGAGUAGAAAUAACAAUCAAAUUUUAAAAAUGUUAAAAUUUUCGUAGCAAAACUUACUUAAGUCAAUUACAUUAUUUUACUCUAUUUUUAUUUUGUAUUCUCUCAUUUAUGUUAUUAGUAUUUCAAAUAAACUUACCUUUAAUUAUCUGUACUAAAGAACAAUGUGUAAGAAUCUACAAAUAAUACCUACUUGCAAUUACAACUUAUUCCGACAGUUAAUAUUUAUUAAAUAUGUUAUAAACUUUUAUUAACGUUAUCUUUAUGAAGACUUGACAUAUGAUACAAUGUAUGUGUAAAAGAUCCGACGUAAAUCUUUAAUUAUCCAGAGAUUAUGUAUUUCGUAGUAAAUUUUCCAGCUUGCCCUUCUCAUCAGGGUAUAGUUCUCUAUUGUCGACUUUAUUUAAUUAAAUGUAUUCUUUUAUAUUCCAAUAAAAAAUAUUUAUAUAACUGAA